CCAUACUUUCCUGCACAGUCUGCCUUAGAUUCGAGUAACUGGAACUACCCUGAUGCCUCUGUGGUGCAGUCAAACCUGCCCAUAAGCUAUUCUAUUCUAUCUGCCACACCGUCUCCGACGAACGUCGAAUCGUCCUUCGGUUUAACAUCUUCUAUAAGUGAAGAGACACUUUGUCGCCAUAGCAUCACUUCGAGUGAUGACGGACCAGAAGUAAACCAAGAGCAUGCACCUCCGCACAGAAAGAGGAAGUCUAGCAAGGAUAACGCCGUCAGUGCUCACCAAACACCCAGAAAGCCAGCUUUGCAGAGACGCCAUAGCAACGUCUCAGAAACGCAGCCACCAUCAGUAGGCCGGGAACGCCAUAGACGAGCGUCGGCCCGCAACUGGCAGAAGCAGAAGCAACAGAGCGCCGACCUUGAAUCAGCCAAAGAUUAUCGCCGAGGCUCGCAAUCGAGAACUCCACCGAGAGCACUCGCAAAUCCUGGAUCAGGUCAUGAACCUCAAGAACGCCCUUGUGGACCACGCAGAGUGCAACCACCCCGCUAUCAACGGGUGGCUCCGCUGCCGGGCGGCUAAUUAUGUUCUCACCAAGGGAGGAUCUGUCGAUAUCGGAUGGAAUGGCGAGGGUGAAUCAAGUGCGGGUGAGGUGUCUAUGACAGCGUAUCCUCCAGGCUGGACUAGGACUCCAUGUGCUUAAAGGCAUUGGUGAAACACCUCACAACUUGGAAGAGAAGCCUUCAUGUAGUCAUACUUAAGAGUCUAAGUAGCUGAGACUUCUUUUGGACCUAAUCGAUCACUGGC